AUGUCGAGCGAUGCUCCGACUUCAAACAACGUCAGACUGCGCCUUGUAUAUCGCUUCCUGGACUGUGAUCUUGUGGAGAAUGCACUCUUCCUCCUCGAUCGUCUACAUGCGCAGGAUCCUGACAACGCGUGCUGGGUCCAUCUUCGGUCCCUGUGCUGUCUACGACUUGCUCGCUAUGCCGCCGCGUACGAAUACAGCCGCGCCGAGGCCGCUCGUGGCAAACAUACUGGCUGCGUGUAUGUAUUUGCCCAGGCGUGUCUGCACCUCAACUUGCCCCGCGACGGCAUUCCUGCGUUGCAGAGAGUGCUGCACCAAAUCCCCGGCGAGGAACUGAAGUCUCUCUGCGACCAGUUUCUCAAGCUAGGGACGGCAUACUACCACCUGACGCGCUUCCAGCCCCGCGCAUGUCUCGAUGCCCUCACUAGCCUGGAUGUCGAGCAGCAGGCCACACCGUGGGUUCUAGCCAAGACGGCGCGGGCGCACUACGAGAUGAUGGCCUAUACGUCGGCGCGGUCAGCCUUUGAAACUCUGCGCGCGUCCUGGACGUCCUGGACCGAGGAUCUGGAGGUGCACGCCGCUGCCCUCUGGCACCUCGGCGACGACGUACGGCUCGCCCACCAAGCACAUGAUCUGACCGAACACCACCGCCUGUCCCCGCAAGCCUGGUGCGCCGCUGGCUGCGCCAUGUCUCGCGCGGGGCGGCAGCAGGAUGCAAUCGCCAGCUUCCGCCGCGCCGCGCAGCUCCGGCCGCCACUCGCCCGUGCCUACUCUCUCCUCGGCCACGAGCAUUUCGAUUGUGAGGAGUACGACGAGGCAAACUGGGCCUUUCGGCGCGCGCUCCAAGUCGACGCCCGACACUACGUCGCCUGGGUCGGUCUCGGCCGCGUGCAGGAGCGGCUCGGCGCGCCGGAACGUGCGUUGCGCUACUAUCUUGGGGCGCAAAAGAUCAGUCCUGAUAAUGGAGUGGUGCUGACCAACAUUGCAAGGAUCUACGAUGUGCUGGGUCUUCCCGAGCUGGGAUUGCGCUUCAUCCGGCGCUCACAGGUGCACGCUUCCGUCCGGCUGGCCGUCUUCACAAAGGUGCAGACGGCGAAGCUUCUGCUGCGGGUCAAGGAGCCUGAAGAUGCCGCGAGGGAGCUGAACGCCGCGCUGGAGAUGGCCCCGGAUAACGCGGAGAUACACCUCCUCCUUGGCCAAACGGUCAUGGAGGCGGGCAGAUCAGGCUUGAAAGAGGUUCUUCAGCGGUUUACCGUUGCUUUGAGCCUGCGCCCUCAUAGCAGGGUCAUCAAAGACGCAAUUGCGAGCUUGACAUCCCCCGCGAAAGACGCGUAG